AAACACUUGAGACGCCUGGUUCAGAAGUCUCCCGAGGUUUCUUGAACACAUCACACACAGACUUACCCAAACAGGAUGUCGUCAGCUCAGAACGCAGCACUCUUCCUGUCUGUCGCACUGGCAGCGUUCAUCAGUCUGCUGGAUGCAGUGCCUGUCUACAGCGGUCUGGCCGAACUCUCCGAAACAUCUGGGGAAGAGCUUCAGGACGUGGAUGGAAAGAGUCCUCUGAGCGACCGGCAGAAGUGGCAUCUGAUGGCCAGAGAUCUGCACAGAGACGUCAAGAUGCUGCGAGACCAGCAGUUUAAGAGGGACUUCAGACAGACGGUGAACAUGACUGCGUUUGAAGACGUGAGAGUCAAAACUCCUCUCCUCAGACCCUCAGACGGCUGUCUGUCCAGAAACUUCAGCACAGAUUCGUGUCUGAGCCGCAUUUACAUCAUCCUGACCUGGUAUAAAGACAACUGGAGCUUCAUCGAGAAGGAAAACCUGACCUCCAGCCUGGUGAACGACGUCAAACACGGGACCAAACGCCUGCUGGAGGCCAUUAACAGCCAGCUUCAGAUAGCAGACGGAGGAACGGAUCAGAUCUCCAGCGCUCCUCUCUCGGCCACAUCCGCGUGGACACGGAAGACCACGGUGCAUUCGAUCCUGUUCAACUUCACCAGCGUGAUGAUCGACUCCUGCAGAGCCAUCAGUUACAUGAGCAAACGCAAAGCUGCGUAUCGAGCCAAAGACACGAAGAGACCCGCAGACUGGAGCUCUGACAAGAACUAAUUUAUUCAACUAGUCUUUUUAUUUAUUGAACAUCACAGAGAGUUCAUUCAGAGCAGAAUAAUUUAAUAUUUAUGGGUCUAUAAUUUUAACUUAUUGAAGGUUGUGCACAAUUGAUAUUUAUAAAUGCUAUAUUUAUUUGCAAGUGUUUUCUAUUUACUUCUCAUUUGCACGCUAUUGAAGAUCAGUGCUGAUGAAUGCAUUUAUGAACUUGAUUGAUUUAUUUAAAACCGGAAUGUGACAACAUGCUGACUGUUUACAAUGAUCUUCAAAGAUUCAAUAAAAA